AUGGAUGUGCACCUAAUGCAAUCUGAUCUCGCUCGCCACCCCCUCCCAACAGUGGAAUGGCUGAUGGUGCGGGCGCAAUGGUGUCCGUGCACGUACAGCAACGGGGAGCUGAUGGAGGAGGGGGUGGGGCGGCUGGAGCAGUGGGUGCACGACGUGGAGGUGCAGCUCAGGGACGCCAUGGGCGGCAGCAAGGAGCCCCUCAAGCGCGAGCUCAGACACAUCCGCCAGGCCAUAUACUUCCUCGUGAGUCAUCUACUUCCUAGUGAGCCAUCUACUUCCUCCCCAGUACGACCAUCAACCAACCCUUCCCCCACCCUCCCUUCCCUUUUCCCACAUCAAGCACUACCUUUUCCUUGCCACAUGCAUCAUCUCCCUUUUCCUUGCCACAUGCAUCAUCUCCCUUUUCCCACCACUGCUGCACCAUCAUCCGCUGCACCAUCAUCCGCUGCACCAUCAUCCCCUGCGCCAUCAUCCCCUGCACCAUCAUCUACGCUGGACCACAAGCCGCGGCGGUCGCUGGAGGAGAUAGAGGAGCUGUGUCCGGACCUGACGCUGAACCAGCUGGUGCACAUGUGCAUCUGGUACGAGGACGACGCCUACGGCACCAAGGGCGUCGACCCCUCCGUCACGGAGCGCAUGUGGGCGCUCAUGGUGGACGACUGCCCCAUGCUGCUCCGCGUGGGUGGGCAUGCGUGGGCAUGCCGUGGUUCUACCUAUGCACAGCAGCAUGCCCAACUCUCCCCCCUAAUCCCCCCAUCUGUCAUCCGGCCCGCCCUCAUCCCUCCCUGCGGCAACCCCUUCCCUCCCCUCCACCCUUCCAGCAUCCCGUUCACGGUGGAUGACAUAGCCCUCGCCAUCCCCACCAUGCACAUUGACGACUUGGAGCCGCCGCCCGAGCUCCAGCAGGACCCCGCCUUCCACUUCCUCCUGCCCUACAGGGCUGCCGCCCCUCACACCGCUCCUCCUCUCCCCUCCACGCCCUCCAUGCCCGCCCUUGAAACCUCCUCCGACCGCUCCAUCCACCUGCCGGUGCGCUCCGCCUCUGCCGCUGGCGACUACAGCACCCCCGUCACCACACCCCGUGCCGCCACCCCCACCCCCGCACCCGAGGCAUCAUCGUUCAGCGCCUGGGACCUGCUCAGAGGGGGCGCAUGGCGGCGCGCUGCGCAGCAAGAAUGA